UAAAGGAGGCACAAGUCACAGCCUGGUUUGGUCUCAAGCCUCAUUGGGGCCUCCCACAGGAGUUUCAGGAAGGAUCUUCUCUGUGGGCCUCCCCCUCAGAUUCUGUCAAUUGGUUUGGGCGAAAACAACACUGUUGUGUUAAUUAAGGGCUCCAGGAGAUUCUCAGCGAGGCCAGGGGGGAGUCCGAGGGCUUUUGGUGGUUUUCUGAGAGUGGAUUUGCGGCUUUGGUCUUGGAGAGGUGACAGGGUCUCUGCUCCGCGAGUCUGGGAGGAUCGGGUCCAUGCAGCCCGCGGUUCUGAUGCUGACCCUGAAAUUGUGAGGGGCGGUGGCACGGGACCACUCCCUCCCCACAAAGCAGGGCGUUUUCUCCUGAUGCAGCUGUGAUUUCCCCCCAGAUCCCUCGUGAGGACGAAAUGAGGUGGAGGCGAAGGCAGAAAUGGCCGGUUGUCAGGGACUGCUGACCUUCAACGAUGUGGCCUUAGAAUUCUCUGAUGAUGAGUGGGGACGCCUGACCCACAGUCAGCGGCAACUGUACCUGGAUGUGAUGUUGGAGAACUACAGACACCUCCUCUUCUUGGGUCUCCCUCUGUCAAAGCCAGAUCUGAUUAUAUAUUUGGAGCAAGAGAAGCAGCUCUGGGAUGUGAAGAGAAAGGAGACCGGAGGCUUCCAUCCAGGUAGGUGGGAAUGAAUGAGGCAGAUGACAGAGGGGAGGUCCAAGUCUGAAGGAGGAAGGUAGACCUUAAG